GCGCCGUUGACUUGACAUUGACAAUAAUUUUGGCGGGAACGUAGGUUACAGAGAGGCUACUCGUUCACUUACCAAAGCAAAACAAAACAAAAUAUAUUAAUUUCACAUGGCUCAUUCUAAUUAUUUAUCGGUUUUCGACAUAUUAGUAUCAAAUGAAAAAGUGCCAAGUAAAUUUUUGCACGAGUUGCCUAAAAUGGGCUUUUUAGAUCCAUCUGCUACCGAAGAAGAUUUAAAAGCUGGAUCCCAUGUUGAAAUUCCAUUGUGGUUAGCGGAAUCUUUACAUGCAAGAAGACCACCAUUAGUUGGUGUAGACUUACCAAAGAUAUACAAAGAUGCAUAUAGAGAAAUCCUGAAUGCAGAUGCUUGUACUGUAGAUAUGCAUAAAUUGGGACAGUAUUUUUAUGAAUUGGGAUGUUACAUUGCUAAGUAUGACAUAAAGGGGGAUGUUGCUGCCACCCUUGUUAAUACUUUUAAACAGAGGUUUAGAAUGCUAUUAGCAGCCAGUGUAUCCACGGAUUCACUUGGUUCCAUGCAGCCACUUUCUGCUAGUGAGCGGGAGCGUGCCGCUGCGGCUGCUAGUACUGAAAGAGCUCUCUCAGCCUGGUUGCAAAGGGGAGACUCUGUCCUCACAACAGCUAACAUGGUUGCGAAUCACAGGAAACGGAAGAGGGCUGAAUUGGAAAUGAUUUAAAUUGUUUUUCUUUUUUUUUUUUGUAAAUAAAUUAG